AAACCCGUAUCGGAUCGACCCGACCCGUAAAAUAGUAAUUCUGAUUCUCACGGACGGGUGUGGUGAAAUCUUUCUACUGGUUUGUCUGUGCGAUUCUCAGAUCUUCGCUUUUCGGUGAUGGAUGCUCAAGCGAAGAAGAAGGCGUUGUUCCGCUCCAAACUCAACGCCAAGAAGAAAGACUCCCGCAUCGAUUCUCCUCUCGUUAGGUACAACGAAUCAGACCAGCCUGUGUGCCGAGUGUGCAAUGUCGUGUUGAAGUCUGAAUCACUAUGGGAUGUCCACCAAGCUUCUCGUAAGCAUCACGAGGCAAUCGAUAAUUUAAAGGCUAGUGCAGCUGGAGUUCAACGAGGUAGCAAACCUGCUGAAACUAAGCCAACAAAACUUGUAGAAAGUUCGGCUGCUGCUAUAUCAUCCAAUUCUCAGACAUCAUCAUCUGAAUCUGCAGAAGUUGAAUCGUCAAAACCUAAGAACGUGCAUCAAGGUUCAGAAACAAAUAAGACUAAAGGACCUCUUCCAGAGGGAUUCUUCGAUAAUCAGCAAACUGAUUCUUCAGAUACCAAACCCACGAUUGAGCCUAAAGAGAGUCAGACGCAGGCGACUGGUACAGUGGUGAAGGGAGCCCUUCCCACUGGUUUUUUCGAUAAUAAAGAAGCUGACCUGCUUGCCCGUGGAAUAAAGCUUGUCAAACCAGAUAUUAAGGACGAAUAUAAAGAAUUUGAGAAGUUGAUACAAGAAGAUCUGCAAGUAGUGGAUAGUCGCAUGGAAGAAGAAGAGGUUGAUGCUGCGGAAACCAUUGAGGAGGAGGAACAACGAGAGCAAAGAUCAUACAAAGAGAAAGUGGAGAUUCUGAAGAAGAGGAAGAUGGAACUGAAAGCGGCUAGAUUAGCUAAGCGCAGCAAAACCGCUGAAGGGUCAGUUAAAAAGCCGAAGAAGACUGAAGAAGAAUCGCCCAGCGAUGAUGAGGAUGACGAGGAUUCUGCUGUUGAUUGGAGAGCUCAGCAUGUUUGAAAUAAGUCAAUGUUCCUCUAGUAAAACAUUCAGUCUUGUGUUAGCAAAUCCUCGGGGAAAAGGAAUCAAUUUCUCUUGCAGAAUUUUCAAAGCUUAUAAUAUGCGAUUAAUUAUGGAGUUUGCGGUUAUAAUUUCAUCACUGGAGCCUCUCGAAAGAGAGCUUCAGUAUUUGAGGAAGAGUUAAACCUUUGGAACUACGGUAGUUGGUAAACACUUCACUUUAUUA